AUGAAAAUCAGCCUUUUGUUUCUGUGUGCAUCUGCGGGACAAUGUUUCUCAAACAAACCACUAUCACGGUCUUUGUGGAAAGGUCUUAGCUCUAUUUCCAUCGCAUCACCAGAUAAUGUUCGCGGCAUCGCGAUUUCUGCCGAAGCUCUCGCUGGAACUUCGGCGGGUUUUGUGGGGGCGCAAUCUGCAUCAAGUGAAACCGAGGUCUUGGUAGAAUCAGAAGACUUCAUGAAGCCAGACAGAGACUUGCGUCAAUACAGAUACAUCAAAUUGAAAAACAAUCUUAAAGUAUUGCUUGUCAGGAAUCCAGUACAUUCAAAAACAAAUGGAGACAACACUGCGACUGUUGAAGCAGCUGCAAUGCAUAUUCAAGCUGGCCAUUUUGAUGAUUCUUCGAUGAUAAGUGCUUCCGCUAGCCUCGCCACAGAUGCUGCGGUAGACUCUUCAUCAGGGCUUCCAGGCUCGGUCCAUUGUUUUGAAGUUGAUAAUCAUGGCGGGCUCCCGGGCUUGGGCCACUUUUUUGAGCAUAUGGUAUUCUUGGGAACUGAAAAGUAUCCUGGUGAAGAUGUCAUCUUUAUCAUUGUCAUCUUUAUCAUAAGACGCUGUUUCAUUGGUCUCAACCCAUUAAUUCGCAUGAUUGCAAAGGAUUUUUGA